UAAAGGUAAAGAGAAGAAAGCAUUUUUUCCGGCAACACAGUUGACAGCGAAAUGGAGUUUGACAUUCAACUAUCUUGCAGUUGUUUGAUUUGUGUUUGUCUGACAUCUUGAAGGUCUGGCUCUGUCCCGGACAAUGAUGGUUUAAGAACAGGAAGGAAGCCAUGAUAGCUGAUGAUUAUGAUUUUGUAAAGACCAUAGGAAAGGGAAAAUAUGGAGAGGUCUGGCAGGUCAUCCAAAAAACAACUAAGAAAUUGUUUGCUGUGAAGAAGCUGGAGCUGCUGGGACAGACAGAAGAGGAGCAUGGAACACUGCGGCGAGAGGCUGAGCUGUUGUCAAAUCUGUCACAUCCUAAUAUUGUGGCUUGUCAUGGUGUGUUUGAGGUAGAGGGUAGCCAUCUUUGUAUUGUAAUGCAUUACUGUGAUGGUGGGGACCUCCAUACACGCCUUCAGCAGCAGGAAGGAGAAUUAAUUCAGGAGGACCAGGUCAUGGAGUGGUUCAUUCAAGUCUGUAUGGCCAUUCAGCUUGUACCUUCAUGGCCACACAUUCUUCACCGAGAUCUGAAAACACAGAAUAUAUUUUUGACACAAACAAAAUUUGUCAAACUAGGGGAUUUUGGGCUCUCCAAAAUGGUUGUGAUAUGGCAGAAACGUUCAUUGGAACUCCCUAAUUAUAUGAGCCCAGAACUGUUUGCCAACAAACCAUAUAACAGUAAGACUGACAUGUGGUCCCUUGGUUGCUGUCUCCAUGAGAUGAUGACGCUUAAAUAUGCCUUCACAGCCUCCAGCCUGCCUGCCUUAAUGAAAAUCAUCACCAAAGGACAGAUUCCUGCACUUCCUAAAGAAUACAGCAAAGAUAUAAUGGUGCUAUGUAAACAGCUCUUGAACCCAAAACCUUCACAACGACCUUCUGCUAACAAAGUGCUAAAGAUGCCAUUUGUUGUCUCACACAUCCAACGAUUCUGUAGAGAAAACAGGAAUGCAUCAAAUGGAAAUAAAGAAACCGUAGUGAUUCAACCUGAAGUCAAGGAAACGCAAAAACAGGAAGAAUGUGGGCAAGUUGUUCAAGACAUUGCAGGGAUAGCUGUGGGAUGCAAGGCAAAAGUUUGCUCCAUGGAGAGGAGACAGGAGCUUCGCAAGGAUGAAAACCCUUUGCCAAAAAGUGAUAGAGGGAGUGGGACACAUGUCAAUGGGGACACUAACCUUAGGGUGGAAGACACGUGCACAAAAGUUAAACCGACAACAAAAAAGAAACGCUUUCUCAAGGACAGAGCUUUGGCCUGCCAUCCUGAAGGGAAGAGUGCUCCUCCAACUAGACCCCCACCAAUAAAGCCUCGGAGCAAGAGCCAAUAAAGCCUCGGCCACUGCCUAUUCCACCAAUCAGCGCCUUGGGAGAACCUGUCCACAGGAAGGAGGUCCGACGAGUUCCAAGGGCUAUGACAGAUCUGCUGUCAGAUUCAAGCUGUGGGAGUCAGCGGCAGGGAUCAUCAACAUCAGCCUCAAGCCUUGAGGAGUCGCGUUUUGAUGCCGAGGAAGAGGAUAGGGCUUU